AUGACUUCGAAAAUCAGCUGGUCAUUCCACGAUUCGUUCGGCAAGUUCUUUCUGGACCUCCGGUUUGAGCGUGGGUUUUUCUUUAGCUUGCUUACCUAUGUUAUUCAUUUACAGUUGUCGACCAGAAGAAAAGUUCAAAUAUGAAGACCUGCAUCAGUUUGGUCGUGAUGACGUUGAUCGUCAGCUUUAGGUCCACCGACGCCGACAAUAAAUUCAAAGUCAGUUUUUUUUCGACCAGAAAAAUGAAUUUUUUUGAACGUCUGUGAGUAGACGAGAUCGCCUAUAAGAAAAAUGAGGGUGCCCCCCGAAUUGGACCUGGAUGGCGAGCACCCCUGGGGCUAGCCACCAAAGAUAAAAAAGUUUUUUUUUUGAGCUACCGUAACACUAUAGCUAGGGACCACAGACCUAUUUUUCGAACUCAAGCUAGCUUUUUGUUUUUUUUAUAAAAAUAAUGAAUUUAACAUGUAGUAUGCGGAAACAGAAAAGAAAAACGAACAAUAUUAAGAAUAAGAGGAGAAAACAAUAUUUAAAAGUAAUUGAAAAGCAAAAUUUUUUGCACUGAAAAUUUUGUUAUGCGGAUUCUCAUGCAAUCUGCGCGCACUCCUAUUUGCAAGGGCGGCACAGUUUCAGGAGCCAAAAGAGAAAGUUUUACGAGCUGUAAUUCCCCUUUACCAUCACUUUCGUCUCAGUGACUGCACAAAUACAGCCUACAGUGCUCUUUGAGUCUCAUGAAAAUGUAAUUUCGCCCACUUUUUUUCACUUUUUUUGUUGAAAAAAUUUUUUCGGCGAUUUUGAAUUUUCGAUUUUAUUGCUUUAUUUGUUUGAAAAUUAAAAGCUCUCAUAAAUGAGUUAGAAAAAACGCGUGUCUUCGACCGGGAAAUGUUUCAAAACAGCUCGCAAAAAAUUCUCCAGCUUUUUUACCACUCAAAACAGUACAUUUGCUCGUAGUUGUCAACAAGUAUUAUUUGAGCAAUGUUUUUCUCAAUAUGAAAAAAGCAUAAAAACCUUCUAACACUGCAUUGCAAUUGAGAAAAACAAUUUUUUUGACUUUGCGCGCCUCUCAAUUUUUUUUCGGCGAUCAUAGAAUUAUUAUUUUUUUGGCUUAAAAAAUUUCAUUUACUCUUUAUAAGUAGUUUUCAAAAAAAUCAACUUUGUCCGCGACCUACAUGAAUAUCAAAACGCAAAACUAAGUUUAUUUUUCGAACUCGCAUCACUAUUCCGUACGACAUUCCGUUGAAACACAUGGAAAAUACCUAAAAACCUUUUCAACGGAAAGAGGAACCUUUUCUACAUGUAUGCUGAAAUUUUCAUCAUUUUUCAUUGUUUCUAUCGGCUGUACGAAACAAUCAAAGACGGAAUACCAAAAUAAAUCUCAAAAAAGCUGCGAUUUUAAAAAUGAUUCGACCCGGUUGUGAUCAACCUACGUGUGGUGCGGGUCACCAGAAUUUAUUCUUUUUUUCUAAUACGCUGUGUUGAUUGGCGGAGAUUGAGUGGUUUUCAGGUGACAUUGGACUUCACGCCUGGUGGAAGUGUCGCUUUGGCUAAGUUUUACACCUUCCUGCAGUCCAUCCGGCUGAUCGCCACGAAAAAGGACGAGACAGGCCUUCAAAUUGUCGGCGGUGGCCUGUGCACGAUUUCGAGCCGUCCAACGCUCUACGAACCCUUCCAAAGAUACAUCAAAAUGUGGACGGAGAACGAAUGCGGCUUUGAUGGGGUAAAAGACGCUUGAAUAAAGAAAAAAUGAGAACAAUUAUGUUUUCGUGCAUGUAGGUUUAGAUGUCAACAUAGCUUUUCUUCGAAACUUAACGGGUCACUUCCAAGAAAGUUUUCCUUUGGUAAUGUCCUUUUUUUAAGCUUUGCUUCGCGUCGCCACAGUGUUUCGAAACGGGUGAGCGGCGAAAAAGAAAAUGGUCAAAUGACAAAAAACCGAAUUCCUUCUAAUGCAACGCGUUGCGGCGCGUGUUAACCCCUCAAAAUUUCAUUCACUUUCAAAACACUUUUUUCUGCUCUUCUUGCGUAUUUUCCGCUUUACCACGGUUUUUUCGAUUUCCAGUAUGUUUUGAAAAACGUGUUCAACGCGCUUUUUCAAACUUUGAAGGGAUUUUCGACUGUUAUCGGCAAGAAAUUCUGUUAAAAAUGACAUUGUUGGUGAUAACUUGAUUCGCACAAGUCAUUUCUCCUUUUUUUUUGUUUAAGAAUCUUCAAAUGGACUUUCUUAAGAGAACUGCUUUGAGAUUUUUCUCAAUUUCCUCUCUUGACCUUCUAAUUGACGAAGUUUUUUUUUGGAAAACGACACUUUGGGAGAUAUUUAGAGCUAUUUCGUCACUUUUUGAUUCGAAUUAAUAUCUGUCAUUUAAUUCACAAUACAGUCCUUCGAAAACUGGCGAGAGCCUAGAAAAAACAUUUAUUGCUCUUUUUUCAAAUCAAUAAAUCCCCGCGCUCCUAUUGCAAUAAACCGUGCCGCCCUUGCAGUCUGUCACGCCUACUGACCACGGCAGCCGCCUGUUUGGAAACACUGGUCGCAUUUCUAACUGAAUUUGUUGCGCAAAAGUCGUAUUUCUAUUGAAAUGUUACGAGAUUUUCAAGUAGGUAGAUCUAUACGCAAUUGAAAAGCUCUACAAUGGUACAUCAAAUUUUCGAAAUCCAUAUUCAACUGGUUAUAUGCCUUGAACUUACAUGGACAUUUUUGUUUCCACCCAUUGAACUCGAUCAUUUCAGGAGCUUGGGACGGACAUGCACGUGAUUUUGUACUUUGGACGCAACUAUAUAAUGUGGAGAAGCUGGUAAAUUGAAUAAAUAAACACUCAAAUGACCUGAUUUUAAGGGCCUAUGAGGCACUCGAACCCUACUACGCAAUGAACAAAAAAGUCCUUCCGGAUCGAAAUAGCUAUGUACGAAGUUAACAAUUGAGACCAGACCGCUCAAAUCGCGGACGAAAUCCCAGAGAAACGCUUUUUUCAAAAUCAUGAAAAUGCCGCAAUUUAAGCUAAUAGCCCCCAAUCGGUAACUGGGUACCGAUUGGAAAUUUUAUUUUUUACCUUUAAUCUUUUUCCGUUUAAGGAGGAGGGAUUCCGCGACGGCAACCCUACCGACUUCAUUGUCAAGAUAACGGCAACAGGAAUGGGCAAAACGUUUGUGUGAGUUGAAGUAUUCAUUUUCCAGCUCGAGGUUCGGUAUGUACGAGUUAGACUUGAAACGCCUCUUCCAACUAUACUGUUAUAUAGUCAAGUUUUCCCGACCUUAAAGGCGAGGGAAGCGGGAAAAGGAGCGUGACGCGUGGCGUGCGCGUACGCGGCCCUUGGAAACGACUACUUUGAGCUCGUUUAUCGUUCUUUUCAUUUAUUAUUUUUUUAAAUCUAGUAGACUUUAUGAAACAAUUUGGCCUACUUUUUCCGGUGAGGUUAUACGUAAAAUAACGCCUAAAAUUGAGAACGCAUGGAAUCCAGACUGUUUCAUGUUCCAAGUUUCAAGUUUUAUAGAAAAUUAUCCGGGCUCUUUGAAAAUACAUCGCUGCUCUAAAAAAUUGAAAAAUAAUAUCUGAGCUGUUCUGAAACUGAUCAUUGAUUACGAGGCUUUUUUUUGUAAUAACACUAUUUGAGUGAUCUGACUUUUUAAGAUUAUUUGCCAAGCAAGGUUUUUAGAUUACAUUUUGAAAGUUUAAGGAAAGACUAGGCUGUUUGGUAGCAAAUUAAGUUAAUCCUGGUCGUACGGGAAAUGCUCGAGUUUUCUCGCGCGUGAGCCGUUUCAGGUCGGACAAGAAACGAUGAGCGGCCUUCUUAGUCGGAAAAUUAUCUCAACAAUUUAUUUUUCAGGUGGCAGCAAGUUCCUAAUGAUCGUGCCCAGCUGAUGUUGGACCCUUCGAAGAGUGUCUACGACCACGGCAUCUACCUCGUCAAGCGUCAGACGACGGGCUUCUCCUUGGAGAACAUUUACUACGAUCCCUAUGAGGUGCGCGGCUACCUCACCUAA